CCGCCUGCCUCCUCCUGACCAGACCUGACUUGACCUCCAGCCACACUCUUCCCAACAACAUAUGAACUCACUAACUAACUUCCUCUUCGAUCAGCGGGGCGCUUCUCUUGAUUCUCGAAUUGUCUUGUGAUUCUUGUCCCCGUUUCCCAUGGUGAUGCCCUUCUGACCUCAUUAUACUGUCGCUCACCUCGCUCCUUGCAUCCUCCCUCCCCCCCGUUUUAUCUCUUCUUGUACAAUACUACUAGUCUACUUCCUCUUGCCACGGUCUCCGCAUCUGACGUCCCUUUUCCACUUGCGCCCCGGGUUGUACUUGAUUGCAGCUCUGCUCCCACCACAGCCCCCUUUUAGUUAUUUUUCGGAUAUACAUUGGACGAGAACACGCUUUAGCAUUGUCGACCGGCGUGCCGCGCAAACGCCUGUUAUCCCGUCAUGGCAACCAACGGCCAUUUUGCCUCGAUUGGCAACGGCAGCAGCGACAAGACUGCUUACGAGCAUGGCGUGCAAGUCAUUGACGGAGACAAGGAAUUCAAUCCGAACCUUUCGCAAUACCUAAACCUCGAAGAUGUCACCCACGCGGGUUUUAACUACCACCUCAUCUCCGUGUUCGGGUCCCAGUCGACGGGAAAGUCCACGCUGCUGAAUCACCUCUUCGGCACGCAUUUCUCCGUCAUGUCCGAGCUGGAGCGUCGCCAGACGACCAAGGGUAUCUGGAUGUCGAAGAACAAGAACGGUGGGGACUCAUCGAUGGCGGAUAACAUCCUGGUCAUGGACGUGGAGGGCACGGACGGUCGCGAGAGAGGCGAGGACCAGGAUUUCGAGCGCAAGAGCGCUCUCUUUGCGCUGGCGACCAGUGAGGUCUUGAUCGUCAAUAUCUGGGAACACCAGGUCGGAUUGUAUCAGGGCGCAAACAUGGGAUUGCUCAAGACGGUGUUCGAGGUCAAUCUGCAGCUGUUCCUGAAGGAUCGGAAUACCACCCACCGAUCCCUCCUCUUCUUCGUGAUCCGUGAUUUCGUCGGCAAUACGCCCCUGAAGAACUUGCAGACUACCCUCAUGGAGGACAUGUCCCGACUGUGGGACUCGAUCUCGAAGCCCGCCGGCUUGGAGCAGUCGUCGGUGCACGAUUACUUUGAUUUCCAAUUCUACGGCCUUCCGCACAAGAGCUACCAGCCUGAGCAGUUCGUCGCCGAGACUAAGAAGCUCAGCCUACGUUUCCGUGAAGACCACAAGGACGCCAGCCUCGACCCUCGCAAGGGUGAAUUCUCCGAUGGGGGAGUUUUCCUGCCCGAGUACCACCGCAGAAUCCCUGCGGAUGGAUUCUCCAAGUAUGCGGAGGGAAUCUGGGAUCAGAUUGUGAACAACAAGGACCUGGACCUUCCGACUCAACAGGAGCUGUUGGCACAGUUCCGCUGCGAUGAAAUUCUUCGGGAGGUCAUGGUUGCGUUUGACGAGGCUAUUGUCCCCUUCGAGGACAAGCAAUCGCAGGCAGCUCGCCUUGGGGAGCCAGAGAUCCUCGGUGGCUUGGGCGCUGCCAUGCGCUCCUCUCGCAGCAAGGCGUUCAGCAGUUUUGAGGUCGAGGCCAGUCGGUAUCACAAGGGUGUCUACCAGCGCAAGCAGGCGGAGCUGGAGGAUAAGAUUGACACCCGCCUGAAGGCGCUCUUCCAGGGUCAACUGGAUGCCAUGCACAAGGCCGGCAUCAACGAGUUCAGCGAGGCGGUCUCCGGCACUGUCAAGGCUGGUCAGAAGAAGGGUACCGGCUACGACUUUGCGGAGAUCGUCAACGAGGAGGUGACCAAGGCGAUCCAGAAGUUCGAGGAGGUUGCGCGCGCCACUGUCGUCGAGGAGACGGCCUGGAGCGAUUACCAGCAGCAGUUGUCUCUGUAUGAGAAAGAGCUGGCCGAUGUGAGCGCACGGUUGCGACGGGAGGAGAUGAGACGGCUGGCCAGUCGGGUUGAGCGCUGGGUUCAGUCCCGUUUGGGAGAAUCGAUCGGCUUGGAGUUCAACGCGCUUGGCUCUGGCCGCGCCGGAGGCGGUGCACCAGAGGAAGGCGACAAGCCUACCGAGAAGAAAUUCUGGGACCGCGUCUGGAAUGUGUUUGUCGAGACGGUUCUCGAUGCUGAGCGCAGAUUUACCGACCGCGCCAGUAGCUUCGAUGCCAGUUUAGAAGAGGUGGAUGUUGGCCUGUGGCGCUUGCGCCGGAAGUCCUGGGGUGUGCUGCGUGCCAAGAUUGAGGAGGAGAUGCUGGAAGGCAAUUUGCUCCUGAAGCUGCGCGAGAACUUUGAGGACAAAUUCCGCUAUGACGAGGCUGGUGUGCCCAGGAUCUGGCGCCCGACGGAUGACAUUGAGGGUAUCUAUACACGGGCUCGCGAGUCGACGCUAACGCUCAUCCCGCUGCUAUCCCGCUUUCGCCUCGAGGAAACGUCCACUCCGCCUCCGCUGGAUCGCUGGAUCGGCCACACCCCCAGCUCUUCGACACCGGCGGACGAGGAGGACCUGCCGCCGAUUGGAGGAGUGGAUGAAGAGGAAGGCAAGAGCUUGGAGGAGGAGAUGACGAUGCUCAGCGAGGCCAAGCGCCAGGAAUUGACGGUGCGGUUCAAGAAGGCGGCGGAUGGAGUCUAUGUGGAGGCUAAGCGGAGUGCCAUCGGGGGCAUGACGCAGGUUCCGCUGUACUUCUAUGGUAUUCUCCUUGCGCUCGGCUGGAACGAGAUCAUUGCCGUGCUUCGUAACCCGGCCUACUUCUUCCUGUUGUUCGUGUGCGCAGUGGCCGCAUACGUGACCUAUCAGCUCAACCUCUGGGGACCGAUCAUGAAGAUGACGGAGGCGGCCUCCAACCAGGCCAUGGUGGAGGGCAAGCGACGACUGCGCGAGUUUCUUGAGUCGUCCGAUACAGGCCGUCAGGCAAUUGCUAUGUCGACGCCGGGCGGCGCUGGGCGGGGCGAGGAGCAUGAGAUGUCGCGACUCAACAAGAAAGGACAGAGUGUGACAGAGGAUGAAGAUGAUCUGUGAAUAGGGGAGACAGUGUCUUGAGUUCUUGUAUUCAUCAUUGUGUAUUGUCUUGUCUAAAUAGAUAUUCUUAUAUAACGGCCUGCAGCUGUUUCCACCGCUCACCGGAAUUACUCCGAUUCCCCGCUUUCUCC